GACCUCCGAGCUGAAACGCCCCUUGGGGACCUGUGGCAUCAUGACUUCUGGGGCAGUAGGCUGAGCAGCAACACCAGCCACAAGUCCUACCGACCUCUCACCGUCCUGACUUUCAGGGCUCGCUCUGGCAGUACACAUAGAAAAGUGGAACACUACAGAGAGGAUUAGCGUGGCCCCUGCACAAGGAUGACGCAAAGCGUUCCGUACUUGGUACACUUCUUGGAGGUGGGACCCUUUGCUGGUUAACACCAAGAAAAUGAUGUGAGUGAAAACAACAUGUGGCAUCUAAUGAAACUGAUUUUUUUCCACUACGAGAAAAAAGGUAUAAAUUCCAAUAUACAGAAAUAAAAUGAAGCUAAAAACAAUCUAACCCCCCCCCACCAUUAAUCAGGGAGCUAUUUCCAUUAAAUAAAUUUGUUCGCCCCACAAAAGUUCCCUUUCCUAGCUGUUUCUUGGGUGCAUUAGAUAGUAGUGUAUAGAUCUCAUUGAAGCAUGGAAGUGAUGAAUUGGAACCGCUGGUACUUGAAAAGCAGUCAGAAAUAAGGACCCCUGACAACAAGCAAGUGUUUCAUUGGACAGAAGAGUGGUGGACAAACUGCAAUUUUAUUGAGCAAGUUACGUGACUGUCCCUGUGAAGGUCCCUGUGGGCUGGCCGAUUAACUACUAUUUGUCCGGAGGCUUCCACCCUGUGAGUUUCCACGUGGUCAACAUCCUCCUGCAUGGUGGCAUCUCUGUCCUCAUGGUGGAUGUCUUCUCGGUGCUGUUCGGCGGCCUGCAGUACACCAGUAAAGGCCGGAGGUUAAACCUGGCCCCGAGGUCGUCCCUGCUGGCCGCACUGCUGUUUGCCGUGCAUCCAGUGCACACCGAGUGUGUUGCUGGUGUUGUCGGCCGCGCAGACCUCCUGGGUGCCCUGUUCUUUCUGUUAUCUUUCCUUGGCUACUGUAAAGCAUUUAGAGAACAUAACAAGGAGGGAACACAUUCUACCUUCUGGGUGUUGCUGAGUAUCCUCCUGGGAGCACUGGCCAUGCUGUGCAAAGAGCAAGGGAUCACCGUGCUGGGGUUGAAUGCCGUCUUUGACAUCUUGGUGAUAGGCAAAUUAAAUGUUCUGGAAAUUGUCCGGAAGGUACUACAUAAGGACAAGUCAUUAGAGAGCAUUGGCAUGCUCAGGAAUGGGGGCCUCCUCUUCAGAAUGACCCUCCUGGCCUCGGGGGGAGCAGGGGUGCUCUUCGUGCGCUGGAGAAUCAUGGGCACCGGGCCACCGGCGUUCACCGAGGUGGACAACCCCGCCUCCUUCGCCGAGAGCAUAUUCGUCAGGGCCAUAAACUAUAAUUACUACUAUUCAUUGAAUGCCUGGCUGCUGCUGUGCCCCUGGUGGCUGUGUUUUGAUUGGUCAAUGGGCUGCAUCCCCCUCAUUAAGUCAGUCGGUGACUGGAGGGUAAUUGCACUAGCAGCUCUCUGGAUCUGCCUAAUUGGGCUAAUACGCCAAGCCCUGUGCUCUGAAGACAGCCACAGAAGAAGGAUCCUUACGCUGGGCCUGGGAUUUCUCAUUAUCCCAUUUCUUCCUGCAAGUAACCUGUUCUUCCGAGUGGGCUUUGUGGUUGCAGAGAGAGUCCUGUACCUCCCCAGUGCUGGGUACUGCAUGCUGCUGACUUUCGGAUUUGGAACUCUCAGUAAACACACGAAGAAAAAGAAACUAGUUGCUGCUUUUGUACUGGGAAUUUUGUUCAUAAACACACUGAGGUGCAUGAUUCGCAGCGGCGACUGGCGGAGUGAAGAGCAGCUUUUCAGAAGUGCCCUGUCUGUGUGUCCUCUCAAUGCCAAGGUUCACUACAAUGUUGGCAAAAACCUGGCCGAUAAAGGCAAUCAGACAGCCGCCGUCAGAUAUUACCGGGAAGCUGUGAGAUUAAAUCCCAAGUACGUUCAUGCCAUGAAUAAUCUUGGAAAUAUCUUAAAAGAAAGGAACGAGCUACAGGAAGCGGAGGAGCUGCUGUCUUUGGCUGUACAAAUACAGCCGGACUUUGCUGCCGCCUGGAUGAAUUUAGGCAUAGUGCAGAACAGCCUGAAACGGUUCGAAGCUGCUGAGCAGAGUUACCGGACAGCAAUCAAACACAGAAGGAAAUACCCGGAUUGUUACUACAACCUCGGGCGUCUGUAUGCAGAUCUGAAUCGUCAUGUGGAUGCAUUGAACGCCUGGAGAAAUGCUACUGUGCUGAAACCGGAGCACAGUUUGGCCUGGAACAACAUGAUCAUACUUCUUGACAAUACAGGUAAUUUAGCCCAGGCUGAAGCAGUUGGACGAGAGGCACUGGAGCUGAUCCCUAACGACCACUCUCUGAUGUUCUCGUUGGCGAAUGUGCUGGGGAAGUCACAGAAAUACAAGGAAUCUGAAGCUUUAUUCCUCAAAGCAAUUAAAGCUCAUCCAAAUGCUGCAAGUUACCAUGGCAAUUUGGCUGUGCUUUAUCAUCGUUGGGGACAUCUAGACUUGGCCAAAAAACACUAUGAGAUCUCUCUGCAGCUUGACCCCACUGCAUCAGGAACUAAGGAGAAUUAUGGUCUCCUAAGAAGAAAGCUAGAGCAGAUGCAAAAAAAAGACGUCUGAUCCUUUUUCCUUCAUUUUUUGAGUUUGUGCGUGUUUGCAUGAGGCAUAUCUUUAAUGUUAUGUGGUUGUGUUUAACCAUUUAAAAGUCUUACUUGUUUAUUUUAUUGGGUUUUUCUUUCCUAGGAAAACAAAGACAUGCAAAAAGAUUACAGCACCAGCAAUAUAAUCUUGAAUGCUUGAUGUGGUUUUUGCAUUGAAAUUGUAUUUUUUCAGACAACUCAAAUGUAAAUUGUAAAAUUCCAAGUAUGAAGUCUUUUUUAAUUAAAAAUAAAAAGAGAAAAAAAUUAUCUUGAGCAACUUCAGUAGAAUUAAACCUGCAUUUGGGAUGUGA